AUGGACGCUAGAUCGUGGAAUACAGAAUGGCAUAAUGCAACCGAAAGGAUGUUACGUAGAGAAGUUAUACCUAUUGGGAUCCAUAAUGAUAAUAACAACUUAGUACAUACUCAACUUCAAUUAUGGUACAAGUGGAUUGCACUUGAACGGGAAAAUAAGUUGAAUUUAAAAGACGAUUCUUUGGUCCAGCAAAGAAUCGAAUAUGUCUAUAAGCAAGCAAUUAUGGCUUUGCCAUUUGUUCCAGAAUUGUGGUUUAAAUUUAAUAAGUUUUGGUUGCGCAGUAACGAAGAAGCUAAUUCUAAUAAAUGCAUUGAACUUUUAAAUGAAGCUUUAGUAUUAAACCCUAGAAGUUAUUUAUUAACUUUUCAAUUAUCAGAAAUGUAUGAAAAAGAUAAUACUAUUAAUAAAGCCACAGAAACUUACGAUAAUUUAAUAACUUUUUUAACAAACGAUUAUAACAAUAUAAACAAUCAAAUUGAAUCAAUUACAAACAGAGAACUUAGUAAUAAAAGCCAAGAAGAAAAUAAUGGAGAAAAGAAUAAUAAUGAAAACGAUGAUAGUGAUAAUGAUGACAAUGACGAUGAUGAUAGUUUUAAAAACCCAACAUUCCAGCUUAGUGAAGAGGAUGCUUUACUUUUAUCAAAAUUACAGGAAAAGAAAGAUGAAUUGAAUAAGGCAAUAACUUUGGUUUACACAAAAUUGAUGAUGGCUUGUAAAAGAUCAAGGGGCAUUAAAGAAGCCCGUGGUAUAUUUAAACAAGCAAGAAACAGUUUUGAAGCUAUAGGUUAUGAAUUUUACGUUGAGAACGCUCUAAUGGAAUAUCAUUCGGAUAACUUGAAGACAGCCAGUAAAAUUUUUGAAUUGGGAAUGAAACACUUCAAAAAACAAGGCGAGUUCUUAUUAGCAUAUUUAGACUUCUUAAUUAUGAUCAAUAAGGGUGAAAGUAUUAAGGUUUUGUUCGAACAAGGAUUGACAGCCCUAUUGCAAGAUGUGAAUAUUGAGAACGAGAAUCUGAAUGGUGAUAUUGCUUCAGGCGCUAAUAUGAGGUUACAAGAAAGUAAAAAUAGGGAGAAUAUCAAAAAGAAGAAUUGCAUUAAGAAAUUGAUCAAAAAGUUUUCGAGAUACCAGAGCGUGUAUGGAGAUUUAGACUUGAUUAAAAGUUUGGAUAGUAGAUAUGAAGAAUAUUUCCCAGAUGAUGACUCUAUAGAAUUAUUUAGUGACAGAUACCGUGGUAAUUCUAUCGAUGUAAUUAAACAUUUCGAUUUAGGGAAAGAAGAUACUAGUCAUGAAGAAUUCGAUACCGCUCAAGAGACGAAGAGACGGAAGAUUCAAAAUCCUACAGUAGAUGAAUUUACUCCGGAAGUAUCGAAUAAUAAUAAUCAACCUACCAAUAAUAAGGAUGUUGUACAAAAUCAGCAACAACCCCAAAAUUUUGUUGGUAAUACCGUCUACAAUUUGCUUCGUGUAUUGCCUAACUCAUCGUAUUUUGGCCCACCUUCAGAUCACUUAUUCAAUAAUAGUAAAUUAGUCGAGCUUUUCGGCAAUUUACCAAAUGUACCUACCGAAUAG